AUGGUAGUGUUCAAUGGCCUUCUUAAGAUCAAAAUCUGCGAGGCCGUGAGCUUGAAGCCCACAGCCUGGUCGCUGCGCCAUGCGGUGGGACCCCGGCCGCAGACUUUCCUUCUCGACCCCUACAUCGCCCUCAACGUGGACGACUCGCGCAUCGGCCAAACGGCCACCAAGCAGAAGACCAACAGCCCGGCCUGGCACGACGAGUUCGUCACCGAUGUGUGCAACGGACGCAAGAUUGAGUUGGCUGUCUUCCACGAUGCCCCCAUCGGCUACGAUGACUUCGUGGCCAACUGCACUAUCCAGUUUGAGGAGCUGCUGCAGAACGGGAGCCGUCACUUCGAGGACUGGAUUGAUCUGGAGCCAGAAGGAAGAGUGUAUGUGAUCAUUGAUCUCUCGGGGUCAUCGGGUGAAGCCCCUAAAGACAAUGAAGAACGUGUGUUUCGGGAGCGCAUGCGGCCCAGGAAGCGGCAGGGGGCUGUCAGGCGCAGGGUCCACCAGGUCAACGGCCACAAGUUCAUGGCUACCUACCUUCGGCAGCCCACCUACUGUUCCCACUGCCGAGAUUUUAUCUGGGGUGUCAUAGGAAAGCAGGGAUACCAGUGUCAAGUCUGCACUUGCGUGGUCCACAAGCGAUGCCAUGAGCUCAUAAUUACGAAGUGUGCUGGAUUAAAGAAACAGGAAACUCCCGACGAGGUGGGCUCCCAGCGGUUCAGUGUCAACAUGCCUCACAAGUUUGGGAUCCACAACUACAAGGUCCCCACCUUCUGCGACCACUGUGGCUCCUUGCUCUGGGGCCUCUUGCGGCAGGGUCUGCAGUGCAAAGUCUGCAAGAUGAACGUUCACCGGCGCUGUGAGACCAACGUGGCUCCCAACUGUGGCGUGGAUGCCAGGGGUAUCGCUAAGGUGUUGGCUGACCUGGGUGUUACUCCAGACAAGAUCACCAAUAGUGGCCAGAGGAGGAAAAAGCUCAUUGCUGGUGCUGAGUCCCCACAGCCUGCUUCUGGAAGCUCACCGUCUGAGGAAGAUCGAUCCAAGUCGGCCCCCACCUCCCCCUGUGACCAGGAAAUAAAAGAACUUGAAAACAACAUCCGGAAGGCCUUGUCAUUUGACAAUCGAGGGGAGGAGCACAGGGCAGCCUCGUCCACCGAUGGUCAGCUGGCGAGCCUGGGUGAAAAUGGUGAAAUCCGGCAAGGCCAGGCCAAGCGCUUGGGCCUGGAUGAGUUCAACUUCAUCAAGGUGUUGGGCAAAGGCAGCUUCGGCAAGGUCAUGUUGGCAGAGCUCAAAGGCAAAGAUGAAGUCUAUGCUGUGAAGGUCCUAAAGAAGGAUGUCAUCCUUCAGGAUGAUGAUGUAGACUGCACGAUGACAGAGAAGCGGAUUUUGGCUCUGGCUCGAAAACAUCCAUACCUAACCCAACUCUAUUGCUGCUUCCAGACCAAGGACCGCCUCUUUUUUGUCAUGGAGUAUGUGAAUGGUGGGGACCUCAUGUUCCAGAUUCAGCGCUCCCGAAAAUUCGAUGAGCCUCGUUCCCGGUUCUAUGCUGCAGAGGUUACAUCAGCUCUCAUGUUCCUCCACCAACAUGGAGUCAUCUACAGGGAUUUGAAACUGGACAACAUCCUUCUGGAUGCAGAAGGUCAUUGCAAGCUGGCUGACUUUGGGAUGUGUAAGGAAGGGAUUCUGAAUGGUGUCACGACCACCACUUUCUGCGGGACACCUGACUACAUCGCUCCCGAGAUCCUGCAGGAGCUGGAGUACGGCCCCUCAGUGGACUGGUGGGCCCUGGGGGUACUGAUGUACGAGAUGAUGGCUGGGCAGCCCCCCUUCGAGGCUGACAACGAGGACGAUUUGUUUGAGUCCAUCCUCCACGACGACGUGCUCUACCCGGUCUGGCUCAGCAAGGAGGCGGUCAGCAUCCUGAAAGCUUUCAUGACCAAGAACCCCCACAAGCGCCUGGGCUGCGUGGCGGCGCAGAAUGGUGAGGACGCCAUCAAGCAGCACCCAUUCUUCAAGGAGAUUGACUGGCUGCUUCUGGAGCAGAAGAAGAUCAAGCCGCCCUUCAAACCUCGCAUUAAAACCAAAAGAGAUGUCAAUAAUUUUGACCAAGACUUUACCCGGGAAGAGCCAGUACUCACACUCGUGGAUGAAGCGAUUGUGAAGCAGAUCAACCAGGAGGAAUUCAAAGGCUUCUCCUACUUUGGUGAAGACCUGAUGCCCUGA